UCUACCGUUUUGUGCACUGUAGCCAAUUUCCAUAAUGAGCCUCAUUAGCCGCUUGGGUUUGUGGCCUAUAAAAGGCUUUCCAUGAAGGGGCUUAGCAGGAAAAGUGAAAAUCGUCAGCAUGUCUCAGCAUCAAAUGGUAACGGAAGACUUUUACAAGUACCAGGUGUGGUACUUUCAAGUUCUGGGAAUUUGGCAUCUUCCCAUUUGGGCCACAGAUGAGCAGCGUCGUUUUCAUUCCAUGAGAUUUAUCAUUAUCCUGAUUAUCCUUUGCAUAAUGCUACUGCUCUUUGCAUUGGAACUGCUGAGUAAUAUCUCCCAAGUGCGGGAGAUCCUGAAAGUAUUCUUCAUGUUUGCCACCGAAAUAUCCUGCAUGACCAAACUAUUGCAUAUGAAGUUGGAGAGACGUAAGCUCGAUGGUCUGGUUGAGAUGAUGAUGUCCGAGGAUUUCGCUGUGAAAAGUGAGGAGGAAAGGUGGAUUUUGGAAUCGGCUAGAAAGGCGGUUGUUCAUAUGCGGAACUUCUAUGGCAUCACGUCCUGGGGAGCGGCUUUGCUGAUCCUUCUGAUUCCCUGUUUUGCCAACUACGAGGAGCUCCCGCUGGCCAUGCUCGAGGUGUGCAGCAUUCAGGGAAGGAUCUGCUAUGGCUUGCAGUACCUCUUCCACACGAUUUCCUUGCUGCCGACCUGUGUCCUGAACAUAACCUACGAUUCGAUGGCCUUUUCCUUGCUUUGCUUCUUAAAGGUUCAGCUCCAAGUGCUGGUCCUAAGAUUGGAGAAGUUGGGACCUGCAAAUUGUGACCUAGAUCAUGAGAGGAUCGCCAGGGAGCUGCGUGAAUGUGCCGCUUACUAUAACAAAAUUGUGCAGUUCAAGAAUCUGGUGGAGUUAUUCAUUAAGGUCCCGGGAUCCGUGCAGCUCAUGUGCUCUGUGCUGGUACUGGUUUCCAAUCUGUAUGACAUGUCCACCAUGUCCGUUGCCAAUGGGGAUGCCAUCUUUAUGGCCAAGACCUGCAUCUACCAACUGGUAAUGCUCUGGCAGAUCUUCAUCAUUUGCUACGCCUCCAACGAAGUGACUGUUCAGAGUUCCAGGCUUUGUCACGGCAUCUACAGCGCCCAGUGGACGGGUUGGAAUAGGUCGAACCGACGGAUUCUUCUGCUCAUAAUGCAGCGCUUCAACUCACCGAUGGUCCUGCACACCUUUAAUCCCACCUUUGUUUUCAGCUUGGAGGCCUUUGGUUCUAUUGUAAACUGCUCUUACAGCUAUUUCGCUUUGCUGAAGCGGGUCAACAGUUAGAUUACGAAAAAUUGAUAAAACAACCUUCGCAUAAUGAGAAGCAUUCAGUGGAUGGAUAUUCCUUCAAGAUCUGGAGAACAGAAUUAGAUGA